GGGGGCGUAAAGGAAGGAAACAAGAACAUUGCUCUGCGGAUCAGCUCAAAACAACGACCAUUUUAGGCAAUUUUAACAUUCUAAAUCUUCUGGGUUGAAAGCAUAGUUUCCUUCAGAGAUCUCCAGGACCAAAAGCAGCCUGUUGUCGUGUGACAAACACUUCGCCUGCCAGUUGAUAUUCAGUUUAUGCUUGGAGCUCGAGUGAAACCCCGACUGCUCGCGAUGCUGCUGUGUAUGACUGCUGUGGUGGGGUUUGUGCUGACGCUGUACGCGCCCUCCCCACUCCUGGCCGCCGACGUGCAGAAAGUACGGCAAUGGAGACAGGGAAAGAACCAGCAGCCCCGUUAUUCCCCGACGUGGGACUCCCUGGACAAGCGACCGCUACCAGCCUGGUACGACGAAGCAAAGUUCGGAAUCUUCAUGCACUGGGGAGUGUUCUCUGUCCCCAGCUUUGGCAGCGAAUGGUUUUGGUGGGACUGGAAAGGGGCCAAGAAUCCAGACUUCAUUGACUUCAUGAAAAGGAAUUAUCGACCUGGUUUCAGCUAUGCCGACUUCGCCCCCAUGUUUACAGCAGAGUGGUAUAACCCGCUGCAGUGGGCAGAGAUCCUGCAAGCUUCAGGGGCAAAAUACGUGGUAUUGACCUCCAAACACCACGAGGGUUUCACCAACUGGCCUUCCAAAUACAGCUGGAACUGGAACUCUAUGGAUACAGGACCUCACAGGGACUUGGUUGGUGAGCUCCGUGAUGCCAUACGGAACCAGACGGACCUGCACUUUGGCCUGUACUACUCCCUGUUCGAGUGGUUUCACCCGCUGUACCUCAAGGACAAACAGAACAAGUGGACCACGCAGGAGUACUCCAAGGAGGUUGGACUUGCGGAGCUGUAUGAACUUGUGAACACCUACCACCCAGAGGUGGUCUGGUCUGACGGUGACUGGGAGGCUCCAUACACCUACUGGAACAGCACAGACUUCCUCGCAUGGCUCUACAACGACAGCCCUGUUAAGGACACAGUGGUGACCAACGACAGGUGGGGGAGCGGCAUGGCCUGUCACCACGGGGGGUACUACACCUGUGCAGACAGGUACAACCCAGGUGUCCUACAGAAACACAAGUGGGAGAACUGCAUGACGAUCGACAAGAAGUCUUGGGGGUUCCGUCGGGAGGCGACCUUGGCUGACUACCUGGACAUGGACGACCUUGUGAAGAUCUUGGCGGAGACUGUCAGUUGUGGAGGAAAUCUGCUGAUGAACAUCGGACCAACCCACGACGGGCGCAUCGUGCCGAUCUUUGAGGAGCGUCUGCGGAACAUGGGCCAGUGGCUCAAGGUCAACGGGGACGCUAUCUACGCCACCAAGCCAUGGAGGGCGCAGAACGACACCAUGACACCUGACGUUUGGUACACUUCCAAGGGUGACAACGUCUACGCAAUUGUGUUGGACUGGCCAACAACUGGUCAGCUGACCCUCGGGGCCCCAAGGUCGUCGUCUACGACCAAGGUCACGAUGCUGGGAUGGCCAACGCCGCUGAAGUGGGCUGCGGGAUCGGGCGGGGGAAUUCAGAUACAAAUGCCGGCGGCGGCGCCCAGCCAGCUGCCAUGCCAGUGGGCGUGGGUUUUACAGAUGCAGGGAGUCAUGUAGGGCUUUUUUUAUUGAAACAUACAAUGACAAGACAUGGUGGCGACACUCUUAAGUUACACUUAUAUUCAUGUCGCCACCAGACAAUACGUAAUACAAGCAAGCAAAGCCCAAAUUUUCAUACAGAAGUUGAAUACAACAAUCAAUCAAUAAACUAGUGAAACACAAUACAUAAACACUGACAGGAUUGAUCAAGACACUACAAAAAAGAUUUGAUUUCAAAAAAAAAGUCUGCACAUGCAGCAGUAUUUGAGUAUUGUACAUUGUUGACAGAAAAGAAGAACCUCUUAAAAGUAAAUGUACCAGAAUAUCGUCUGAUCAUCCAAGUCAAUCAGUGUUUUCAAGUUGCCAAAAAGGGUAUUUCGUUGUUACAUUUCAUGUAGGGCUUUUCCUCCAAGAAUGAUUUCAUCCCAUUGGUAAGAGAUCAUACAAUAUAUAAAUGAAUGCGUAUCUUAUUACCUGGAUGUCUAACCUUCAUCAACGUAUAAAUGAACAAAUAAUGGAAUGAAUGCCAACCUUUAUUGCACAUUUUGCCACAAUGGGCUAUAAGUACAGAUCAGGACAAAACAUGAUGAACAGAUACUAUGAACUGAUGCAAAAUGAAACUAGCUAUUGUUGCAUAAAUUCUACCUUUUUGCAACCCAAUUACUGUAAAUUAAAAGAACUGUUGUUUUUUUAAUGGAAGAUUUGUGGGAAGAUAGAAUUAAGUUGGAAUGACCUGUUCAACAAUAAGUAGAAUAUCCAUAAUGGUUGUUGAUAAUAGAAGUUGAUUUUCAAAAAUCUGUGUUCUGUCAUUUCCAGCUGUAAUUUCAAAGUACAUUUACUGCUGUGCAGUUGAUGAUGUUUGUUUAUUUCAUCUUUAAUAAAUUCUUGUGCUUGAGCCAUUUCUUAAGGCUGGAACCCUGAAUCAAAAUGUUCAGCUUACGAGUCAUUCAUCUUCCUUGUUC